UGUUAGGUAUUGAAACACCUUAUUAAUCAUGUUGCAGCCACAAAAUAUAGAAUUCACUGUGCAUCAAUAAUUUCCCAAAGCCAUGGUCUGUUACACCUUUCUGUUUCUUUUUGCCGAAAUAAGCAUGUUGUUGCCUUCAAUUUCGUCUGCAACUGAUACCUUUAACGGGUCGCAGUCCCUUCCUGAUGGCGCAACCUUGGUGUCAAAAGAUGGAACGUUUGAAAUGGGUUUCUUCAGUCCAAGCAACAGUAAUACAACUACAAAUCGCUAUCUUGGAAUAUGGUACAAAAGUAUCCCAGUUAAAACCGUUGUUUGGGUUGCCAACCGUGAAAACCCAGUUAAGGAUAACUCCAGCAAGUUGAGCAUAAGCACACAAGGAAAACUUGUGAUCCUCAGCAAUAACAGCACUCUCGUUUGGUCACCGAACACAGCGGAAGUAACAAAAGCACAGAGUAUAAUUGUUCAGCUUUUGGACUCAGGGAACUUGGUGGUAAGAUAUGAGAAUGAUUCAAAUCCACGGAAUUUCUUGUGGGAAAGCUUUGACUAUCCUUGUGAUACUUUUCUUCCAGGAAUGAAGAUUGGAUGGAACCUUAAGAAGGGUCUCAUCUGGCGAUUAACCGCGUGGAAGAACUGGGAUGACCCUUCUCCAGGGAACUUCAGUUGGGGUAUGGAGCUUGGUAACACUCGUGAACUGGUUAUGUGGAAAGGUUCUAGUGAGUAUUAUAGAAGUGGCCCUUGGAAUGGUGUCAGAUUCAGUGGCAAAAACACUCCCCGUUACAACUUAGAAUUUAAUUCCACUCCGGAUGAAGUGUAUUAUACAUACAAAUUUGUGAGCAAUUCAUUUAUUACAAGGGUUGUUUUGAACCAAUCCCUUUAUUCUCGGCAACGCUAUAAUUGGAUUAAAGAGAACCAAACUUGGAGUCUUUAUUCCGUGGUUCCGAGAGGUAAAUGUGAUAGCUACAAUGUUUGUGGUCCCUAUGGGAGUUGUAAUGGUGGUGAGUCAUUGCACUGCGAGUGUUUAAUGGGGUUCAAACCGAAAUCAGUACAAAAUUAUAAAGCAUUGGAUUGGAGUCAGGGAUGUGAGCCUAGUGGACCGUGGAGCUGUGGUACAAAAGACAAUAGUUUUCAAAAAUUUAGUGGGCUGAAAUUGCCAGAUACUACAAGGUCUUGGAUUGAUCCAAAUUUGACUUUUGAGAAUUGCAAGGUCAAAUGCUUGGAAAAUUGUUCUUGCAUUGCAUAUGCAAACUUAGAUAUCAGAGAUGGUGGAGGUUGUAUCAUUUGGUUUGAAGCUUUGGUUGAUUUAGUGGUCGCUUCACUCCCGGGGCCAGAUCUAUAUAUUCGAAUGACUGCUUCGGAAAUAGAAAAGAGAGGGCAUAAGAUACUGGUAGCAGUGCUGAUUCCAGUUAUUUUCCUGACUUUUGUGAUUGUUUUCAUAUUCACAUAUAGUUAUUGGCGCAAAAGAAAGCUUAGAGAGAAGACAUCAGAAGAAAGUAAAAGUGAAAGCAGUCAAGGAGACUUAGAUCUUCCUUUCUUUGAUUUUCCUGCAAUAAUUCGUGCCACCAACGAUUUCUCAAGAGACAAGAUGCUUGGCCAAGGUGGUUUUGGACCUGUGUAUAGGGGUACACUCCCAGAUGGACAAGAGAUCGCUGCCAAGAGGCUUUGUAGUAAUACUGGCCAAGGAAUUCAAGAAUUCAAGAAUGAAGUUAUACUGUGUGCCAAACUACAGCACAGGAAUCUUGUAAAGCUUCUCGGUUGUUCCAUUCAAGGAGAGGAGAAAGUUUUGGUCUAUGAAUACAUGCCCAACAAAAGCUUAGACUCCUUUCUAUUUGAUUCUUCCAAAAAAGGAAUCCUAAACUGGUCAAAGCGGUUGAAUAUUAUACAUGGCAUUGCUCGUGGGCUUCUAUAUCUUCACCAAGAUUCUAGAUUAAGAAUCAUUCAUAGAGACAUGAAAGCGAGUAAUAUCCUGUUAGACAAUGAGCUGAAUCCAAAAAUUUCUGAUUUUGGUAUAGCACGAAUGUUUAGAGGAAAUCAAACAGAAGGAAAUACAAAACAAGUUGUUGGAACAUAUGGGUACAUGGCACCAGAAUACACAAUUAGUGGGCUGUUCUCUAUCAAAUCUGAUGUGUACAGCUUUGGAGUACUGCUACUAGAGAUAGUAAGUGGCAAGAAAAAUGGAGGAAUUUUCUUUCAGAAUCACGGACUUAAUCUAUUAGAACAUGCUUGGAGAUUGUGGAAAGAGGACGCUCCUAUGAAAUUAGUAGAUGCUUCUUUGGGUGACACCUUUAACAUAUCUGAAGCAUUACGCUGCAUUCAUGUUGGUCUACUAUGUGUGCAGCUACAUCCAGAUAACAGGCCAAAUAUGGCAUCUGUGAUUUUUAUGUUGAGUGGUGAAAAUAUUUUGCAAGAACCUAAGGAACCUGGUUUUCUUGUUGCAAGGAUGAAAACUGCUGCCGAAUGUUCAACUAGCAAUGCAAUUAGUACUUGCACUAAUGAAUUAACUAUAACCCUGCCACAGGCUAGGUAGAAAACUUCUUUAUCAUGUUUUGUGCCAUGUAAGGACAGCUUUCUAUUUGCUCAAUUAUCCUAAGUUAAAAGUAAUGUAAUCACUUGUGCAAAAA